AUGUCCCGUUUCUUCGUGUCUGGAUACAAUUCGGAGUCGUCUUCCGAGGAGGAGGACUUGUUGAGUUCUGAAGAAGAGGCGUUGUUGUCGUCUUCCGAGGAGCAGGAGGAGGACAGCGACUUUUUCAACGAUGACGAUGGCGAAGGCAGCAGCAGUUCCGACGAAGAGGAUGGCCGGCCCACGGGCCCGGCGUAUUUCUUGAAGAAGUCGUUCUUGAAAGGCGCUGGCGGCGACUCUGAUUCGGAAAGUGACGACGAGGGCAGAAAAGUGGUCAAGAGUGCCAAAGAGAAGUUGUUGGACGAUAUGAAGGGGUCAAUUGAAGUUAUAAAUGUCAACAAGAGGAGCAAUAAUUGGAUGGGUGUCUUGAGUGAGUUUGAAAAAUUGGGAAGGUUGCUCAACAGAGCCAGCCAGCAGAACUUUGGCACUCCCAAGUUCUAUGUCAAGUUACUUGCCAGUUUGGACAAUUCGAUUAUCGAGACUGGUAUUAAUGAGAAGGACGACAAGACGAUGAAGGCUGACGAGGCAAGAGCUUUCAAUACCUUGAGACAGAGGGUCAAGAAGCAGAUUAAAGAGUUUCAGGUGUUUUUCGACUUGUACAAGGACGUGCCUGAAAGCUUUGAGAAUGAGGAUGAGCCACUAGACGUGCCUGCAACUGGCGACGAGAGGCAAGAAGAGCAACGAGUCUUGAGCCCCAUAUUCCACGCUUUGAAACAAGUAAGCGAGUCGAGAGGUAAAAAGAACAUUGAUAAGGCGGAGCAAGUCUCGAGAUUGGAAAACUUGAUCACGGAAAAAGCCAGCGAGUUUGAGCUCAUCUCAUUAUACCAAAUGCUCUUGUCGGUCAGAUUCGACGCUUCUUCAAACCAAGCUUUCAUGCCUGUUCAAGACUGGCAACUAAACAACAGAGACUUGAACGCGUUGUUGGACAUAUUAACCAGCUCCAAAUCUUACCAGCUCAGCGAGGAGGGCGAAACCACCGAUGACAUUGAUAUUGAGCCAGUUGCCAAUGCCGAAGGGGUAAAAGUGCUCUUUGGAUCGAUAGCAUCGCUUAUCGACAGAUUGGACGAUGAAUUCACAAGGUCAUUGCAGACCACCGACCCUCACUCGAUAGAUUACGUUGAAAGAUUAAAAGACGAGGCCAAAGUUUACAAUUUGAUUGUGAGAGGCCAAGCCUACGUGGAGUCGAUUGUUGCCGACAAGAAGGCCAGCGACCAGUUGGCGAGAAUUGUGUUAAGGAGGUUGGAGCACAUCUAUUACAAGCCAAACCAGUUGAUUCAAGCCAACGAAGAAGAAGCAUGGAAAAAAAUCAACAAACCCACUUCCACGAAACCAUCUGAAGUCAUUGACGAGUUGACCCAAUUUUUAAGCACGAGCAGACCAUACGCAAGAUCCGCUGCAUUAUAUUCCAUCUACUACUAUGCAGUCAACGGCAACUAUGCCAAAGCCAAGGAGUUGUUCUUAUCGUCUCAUUUCAACCUUUCAGACGCGUCUUUGCAAGUUCAAUACAACAGAGCCUUGGUGCAGUUGGGCUUAAGCGCGUUUAGAUCCGGCGCCAUUGAAGAGUCGCACAAGAUCUUGAAUGAAAUUGUCAACUCGCAAAGGUCGAAGGAGUUGUUGGGUCAAGGAUUCAGCUCGAAAUUCCCCAACCAGGCAACCUUGGUUGAAAGACAGAAACUUUUGCCAUUCCACCAGCAUAUAAACUUGGAGUUGUUGGAGUGUGUUUACAUGACCAGCUCCUUGUUGAUUGAAAUCCCCGCAUUGGCUGCCAACAAGGACCCCAAACGCAGGAACGCCUCUCUCAAAUCCUUCAAGAGCAAGUUGGAUUUCCACGACAGGCAGUUUUUCACGGGUCCUCCAGAAAGCAUAAAGGACCACAUUGUGCAUGCAUCCAUCGCUUUGCAAAAGGGCGCCUGGUUGAAAUCUUACCAGUUGUUGUCUUGUAUAAAGAUUUGGAAACUUUUCCCCGACACCGAGAACUUAUUGGCCAUGAUGAAGAACCAGUUACAAGUUGAAGGGUUGAGAACUUAUAUCUUCACUUACAAAUCGGUGUAUUUGAAAUUGUCAAUGGCAAAAUUGGCCUCUAUUUUCAGCUUGUCGGAAGAGACGGUGCUGGCUGUGUUGAGCCAGAUGAUUGAGAAUGCUGAAAUCAAUGCCGAGAUCAAUGGCAGCUUUAUAAUAUUCACAAACGAGUUGCAGAGACCCAAAUUGCAAGAGUUGGCAAUAUUGAUGAAUGAAAAGAUACAGUUGUUGUUGGAGAAGAACGAGAAGACGGCUUCCAACGGGUAUGGUAAGAAACCACAGACACCGGCACAGCCCCAGAGUCAAUCGAAGGAGGCCGACGAAAACAAGUUUAGGUACGCUAACGUCAACACUAAUAAUGAUGACUUCUGA